AUGACAACAAAUACAGGAAGCGUUAUUUGUACUUCACACCACCGUUGGUGGCGCCAUAGUUAUCCCAAGUUCUUCCGAUAUGGAAGCAGUGCAUUCGUGACCCGGCCAGUUGUGACCAAAUUAUUAUUGUGCGAAGUCCAAAGGUUUACUAUGAUCAAACGGUUAAUUCAGACAGUUAAUAAUCACCCAAAUACGUCUUGCGUGUGGUUAGGAUUGUAUGGUUACAGUAGGCGAUUCAGCAGUAUGAUGCCUACAAUAAGUGUUAAUCCGAAAAUUGGAAGAGCAGAUCAACCAGUAUGCAUCCAAGUUUCUAAACUUCCACCGUUGACACCAUUCACGGUAAGAUCUCAUCUUAUUGGUGAGAAAGGACACAAAUUUGAAGCUCAUGGUCACUAUACAGCAUCGACCGACGGUGAAGUUCAUUUAGAUAAACAUCCAUCAAUAGGAGGAACAUACACAGGCAUUGAGCCCAUGGGUUUAUUCUGGAGUAUGGUGCAAUCGCCAGGACAGAUGACAGGAAUUCGGUAUGUCAAGCUUGAUGUAACACAGCCCAGUAGAAUAGAUUUGUCUCUAUACCCUGGAUAUCUUGGCAUUGAUGAAUUGCAAGAUACAACGCCAGUAACGACAACAAGCAUCGAACGUGUCUUCAUGGACGAACACAUGGAAAGAUUUGAAGUAAAAGCAGGCAGAGUUCGUGGCAUGAUAAUUAAACCAAAAGGUCGUGGACCAUUUCCGGGCAUUAUUGAUUUGUAUGGCACUGCUGGGGGUCUUAUGGAAAUGCGGGCUUCCUUAUUAGCCAACUAUGGUUACGCAGUAUUGGCAUUAGCUUUUUGUGGAUAUCAGGACUUACCAGAAAUGUUUUUACAGAUUGACCUUGACUACUUUGAGGAAUCCAUUAAUUGGUUCACUGAUCAGGAUUUUGUAAUGCCUGGAGGUAUUGGAACAAUAGGUCUGUCAAAAGGUGGCGAGAUUGCAGUUGCCAUGGCAACCUACUUUCCAGAGAAGGUAAAAGCAGUGGUCAGUAUAAAUGGGGCACAUAUGCAUACUUACAGUGCAAUGAAAUUUAGAGGUCAAACACUGCCAUAUACUGGAUAUGAAACCACUAAACUAAUCGUCAAAGACGGCAAUGCGUCCUGUUUGGAGCUCGUUGAUGAUCCCGUCGAACAAGCUGUUUUUGAUUUCAGCAGAGUAAAAGCAGAGAUGCUGUGGAUAGCAGCUGGAGACGACCUAAACUGGAAAAGUCAAUUCUAUGCAGAGGAAGCAGUCAAAAUACUCAAAACACUAAAUAUGUCUAAUUAUCAGUAUUUGUACUAUCCAGAAGCGGGUCACCUAAUUGAACCAUCAAACACUCCAUUUUGUGCAUUAUCGUACCAUAAAUUGUUAGGUUUGAAUUUACUGUGGGGAGGGAAGGCGAAGGCACAUACAAGAGCACAAGAGGACAGCUGGAAACGGAUUCUUCAGUUUUUUCAGAAAAAAUUACAACUAUCAAGUAAAAUAUGAGUUGAAAAUCUUCACUGUGAAUAUAAACAAAAUGCUAGAAUGAUGCGUCUCAUGCUAGAUUGUAAAAAUGAUCGUGACAUUGCUGGUCUAUUGCAAUAAAUGAUACAAAAAAAAUCAGUUUUUUUAGCUCAAUAUCUGAACGCCGGUUUGUAAACGGUAAUACCGGUAUAUUAUAUACCUAGGUGGAAACAAGGUGUGUUUUUUUUGUCAUCUAAAAAAGUCAUUUUGUAUAGUUGACAUAAAAUAAAUA